UGAAGACCCGAGUUGGCAACACUGCAGCUGGCCUCCAGUGUAAACAAGACAGUCACUUCCUGAGGAGUCUUGAUUUAGUGACCGGAAAUUGUCUUUAAUAGGUGCUUUUGUGUUCACCAUGAAGCCAGCAGGAGCAGUGCUAUACCCUGUACAAGGUGUGACACUUCAUAGAGUUGCUGCUGGCCAGAGAUCACAGGGAGAUGGCGAGGAACAGACUCCAGUUCCUUCUUCCCAGACACAGGAAUCUACAAAAACUCUUCUCCCGUCAUCUGUGAAACCUCAGAAUCCUUCAAGAAAGACCAGCAGAGAGGUCAUAGAUACUGAUGGAGAUAUACACAAAAAUAAAUUAGAAAAUACUGCUCAACUAGGGAAAGAAAGUACUACUCAUAAUGUUAAGCAAACUUCAAAUAAACUUUUACCUGAAAUUGCUGACAUUGCUCAUAAGCUCACGAAAGUUUCCAUCAUGUCAUCCCCAGACUCUUAUUUACUUAAUGCUCCACCUAAAGACUUACACACAAAAAAGAUCAUACGUUUGACUCCAAAGACUAAAAACUCAAGUUUAUUCCUGAGUGCAAGAGAAAAAACUUCAAGUGUGUCCCUGUACUCUCAAAAGAGAAAGGAUCCCAAGUUUGUUCCCUACGAGCCCUAUAAGGGAUGUGUGAGACCAAUACUUAAGAAAAAAAGUAAAAUAGGGAGUAAACAAAGAAACGAUGAAACCGAGAAGACUGAGACAAUUGAAGAGGACACAAGUAACAAGACAUGUGAAGACAAACAGACUGCAGGUGCUGUUAGUGACCACAAAAAUGCUGAAAAGCUAAGCAUCUUAGUAAAGGAUUUCGAGAAAGAGAGAGCAACUUGGGAGAAGAACACAACAAAACUGAAGUCAGAGAAUAAAAGUUUGGAAGACCAACUCAGCCAGAUCAAGAAAGAAAAAAGCAACUUGGAGAGUCAGCUCAGUGUUCAGUCACAGGUCAACACUGAACUGAAGAAACUGUUGGUUGCAUCAGUUGGUGAAGACGUCCAGGGAAGGGUACAGUGCCUAACUGAAGACAAGGCACGUAUGGCAACUAUGAUACGGCAUUACUCGGAGAAAGUUGACCGGGAUUAUGAAGAAAAAGAAAGAAUGGGAAUUCAGUGUGAUGUUUGGCGUUCUAAGUUUCUUGGUAGCAGCAUGAUGGUGGACGAGUUAGUGGGGUGUAAAGUGUCACUGAUGCAGAGAAUGAUGGAAGCUGAGGAAGCAUUAAGGGUUGUGAUAGAAGAACACGACUUGGUGAGACAGCACGUGCUCAACAUGUACAGAAUGAACAAACAGCUUCGUGAUGCAUUUGACCCUCUUGCUGCUCAGUUGGGUGGCGUCCCUCCCUUGGCCUCAGCAGACUUGGUCACAUUGGCUGUGGAUGGUGAUGUUUUAGCAGAAACUGUAAGAGACCGUCUGCUUGGUGACCUCGGCCGCUCUGUAGGCUGCUCCCUCUCCUUAGAAGGCUUGGAAACUCAAACACCUGGGGAGAAAAUGGCCCGGCAGGCUUGUGGGAAGAUAACCAAGAAGUCCCUUUUGAUUGGUCGUAUGUGCGCCAAAGAGGAGCCGAUUUGUGCCGAGUGCAGUACUGUAUCACCAGGCAGAUCGGCCAUGAUGCACCGCUUCCAUCCAAAUGCCCGCUUUGAGCACGUCACUGUCAACUGCUGCUCACACUGCAACGGGGAGAUCAAAGUUGUGUGAUUAAGGAUAACAUUAUCUUUGUCAUCAUAGUUCAUAGUCUUUAUGCAGGAUGUAUUAUCUGUUAUUACAUGGCAUAUACAGUAUAUAAGGACAAUCAUCAAUUUGUGAUAAUGCCAUCUAUUGUAAAAGGAUUCUCCAUGUAAUGUAUAACUUGAAUACAUGCAAUCAUUAGUGUAAUUUUAUAGGUGCUGUACUUUGUGAUACGUAUAUAGCAUAGUUUGUUACAUUUUUGGCUGUACUGUAUUAGUCAGCCCAAUGAAUGCUUUUCCUUAUUGAUUUACUGAUGACAUUUGAAUAAUGUCCUGACUAACUGGUAGAUGCAUUCUCCUUGCCUUGGCUAAUACAGCAAUGAUAUAAUUGUUGGUUACCCUUGUGUUUAGGUAAAUCAUUUAAAACCUGGUUAUGUUCUUAAGAUGAAUACUGUAGAAGAUAUUAAUUUGGUGACAAAGAGAAACAUAUCCUUACUCAUAUCAAGAAAUAUCAAUAAUUUCCAUACAUACUGACCUAACACCAGUGUAGGAACUUAUUCUAUGUAUGUAUACAGUAUGUCUGUAUGUAUAUAAGAAAGGACUUUAAGUUUUAUUUCAUAAUUUUUUUUUAAACCUUGUUAUAUUUUUGUAUAUUAGUCUUUGUAUAGAGUUUAUAGUUAAUAUACUUUAAGGGAAAUAUUCAUUUUUAAAAUUGUAUACUGUAAUAUCCUGAUUAGCAGUAACAUUAUGUAUUGUUUUUUGUGAUAACUUUGUGGGUUGAUUGAGGCAGUACAGUACAUUUAAGAUGGUUGAUGACUUAAUAUGUCAUCACGAAGAGGAGUUUUACUGACGUAUCUAAUCACAACUAUUCUUGCACCAACAUUGCUAUAAUGUCAGUUUCUAUCACCAAACAGUCACUUAAAGCACAUAGUGGAGUAGGGCCAUUGUUAUUUUACUGCAGCCAUUCUGUGAGUAGAUCAUUACCCUCUAUAGUUUACCCAGAGACAAGUGCUGCUGCUUGUUAGUCAUACAUUAGAAUUUUCUUUGAAUGCUACAAUUGUUAUCACAUCAUUAAGGAUCCAUACAAAACAAAAAUCUUAACUCUUGUCUAUCCUUUCAUGGUACAGUGUAAGGUGGCUGAAAUCAAAAGCAACACAGCUUUAUUCCUCAUUGCCUUUUGUUUUUCCUUUCUGACUGUUGUAUCAGAUGUAUUCUGUUGUGAUGCUGUACCCCUCCAUAACACCUAAAGAUAUUAAACAACUAAGCUUGUACACUAAACCCCUCACAUCUAGAUUUUACUUCAAAAUGAUUCAAAAAGUCUAGAAGACAACCCAAAUGGUCAAGCCAACAAGAAGAACAUAACAAUGAACUCACCACCCUGCUUAGUCCCAAUACUGUAUGAUAAUCUCAUUCAUUUCCAAAACCCAAGUUGUAGAAGAAUUACAGGUAAAAAUGGCUACCAAGCAGAUGAGAAUUGACCAUUUGUUCAAAUUGUUAUAAUUAUUAUAUCCAGGUCUGGGCAGCCCUUUUUUUUCUGAUUUUGUUAAAGUUAUGUCUUCUAACCAACACCAUCUCCUAUACCCUUCUAGGACCUCAAGCCCAUUGAGUGUCAUAUACGGGGUUGCUCCAGAACUUUCUAAGGUUGUCAAGAAUUCUAACUGAUUAUAGUAACUUCUUGCAUAAUACAUGUUGGGAGGAUGGGACCUGCAUGUAACAGGCAAUCAACAACACACACAACCUCUCACUACUGUUCAUCAUCAUCCUUCUCUUUGUUUGGUGAGUACCUGAGUUUUAAUUUAAGGAUUAGAUUGAUUCCAAGGAAUUUUGGUCUAAUUCGAUCCUUUAGUAAUCCAAACUACCCUUGUGCUUAAUUCAUUUGGAUUUGAGUGGUUUUAGUAUGUUUAUUUAAGAGUAUAGAAAGGUUAAUAAGUUUUCUUGAUGUUUUACCAAAGCAAUUUAAUUUAGUAAGAAUUUUCAUAUUUCUUGAAAGUCAAAUAUUCCUGUUUUUAUGUAAAUGCUCUUGAGAGAAAAAAAAUGCAUGUAGAGGUAUAUGAAUGUUUAUAUGUAAAUGUGGGAACUUAAGUAUGAAAUUAUGUGCAUUUAUGUGUGAAAUAUAUUACUUAUUGCCCCAAAUAAUCCCUUAUACAGCAUGAUUCAUUGUUAAUACCAUGAAAAGCAUUGUCAUUUGUGGUAUUUCCUGGUGAAGCAUAUAUUUAUGUUUAUUUGCCAAAUACUGUUUUGAUAGUUAACCAAUUGAUGAGCCAUAUAUCUGAAUGAACUCGUAUCCCUUUUUCAGCCAAACACAUUGAGAGAAAAUACAUUUCUUGAAACUCUUCUAAUUCUAAAGGGUUAUGAAAGGUGAUGACUGUUUUCUGCUGUCUGAAAUAUUUUAUAUGCUUUUUUUUAUAUUGACAAUUUUGGACUUUCAUAGAUGGAAAUUUGAAUGUUUUUCUUGCCGAGAAUUAUAAACAGGUGUAAAGAAACAUAUGCAAUGGAGUUUUUAUUUUAAAGAUAUACUAAACUUUUACUUCAAAUAAAACACAUAACACCA